GUUUGUUUUUUACAUUUUUCGGCUAAAAGACGGCUCUUAUAUCUCUUAUUUAAAAGACGGUUCUUAGCUUUUCUUAAAUAAAAUGUAAGAAAAGAUAAGAACCAUCUCUUAACCGAAGCUUAAGAGAUUGAAGUUAAUCAUGGUCUUAUAGAUUACAUCUUGCUAUGACAUCUCUAAAGAAGAAAGAAAUAGACGGAUAAACAACAUGAGUUUUGAUUAAAGUUAAGUUUAUGUUUGGUUAAACUGAUAAACAAAACUUUGGUUAACAAUAAACCAAUUAAAACUAUAGUUUGUAGAUAAGUAAGUUUCGAACUAUGGUAUAAAUUUGUAACUUUUAAAUUAGGCAUUUUUAAUAAUUUUUAAUUCAAAGAAAUUUAGUAAAAAGUUAAAGCAUGAGUAAUGGUGUGCUCUCACACAAACUCUCUUGAUAAAAAUAAAUACAAUUAUCCAGAAAUCAAGAGAAAGAAUGUAGAAGUGCUCUAUGCCAAGAACAUGUUCUAACAAAUACUCUAGAUAUAUCAUCAAUUAAACAUCAUUAUUUAAGAGCAUGCUUAACAGCAAAACAUAUAUAUACUAUUUGAUAGUUUUUUUCUUUUGAUCAAAAACUAUUUGAUAGUGUCGUAGGAAAAUAUAUAUAACCUGUGAUAUUUAAAGAAUUUGUUCAUGUUGUUUUUAUUAUUUUUAAAAAGAGAGAUAUUUCAUUAAAAAACAAAAUAUAAAAACAAAAGAAACAAAAGAGUGGAGGUUUUAGAGAGGUUUGUUGGAUUGUUUCUCACAAAAAUUUCUCUCCUUCUUCAAAUGUUCACUAGACCUUAUCUUCUACCUCCACUUUCCUUCCAUGGCUCCUUCCUCUGCGGCGGCUUCUCCUUCUCUCUCCUUAAACCAAACCUCUCACUUCCAUCACCAAACUUCCCCAAUCACCUGGCUUAAACCUCCUCCCUCCUCCGGCCUCUUCCGCCGCAAAACCCUUCCAAUCUCAGCAGCUUCCUCCUCCUCUUCCACCUCUCUCUCAAUCACCGACAAACCCACCUCCCACUUCCACGGAAACCUCAUCGACACCUUCGAGACUCACCACCCCACCACUAAAGGAGCCACCUUUAUCGAAGAGCCCCUCGAAAGGAACGAACUUUCCUCAAGGAGGAGGCUCUUCACGCAAGACCCACCAUGGAUCUCCGCGCUCUUCCUCAAGGGUCUGACCAGAACCGUCGACCAGACUCUGAAACUCGAGAAAAAGGACAUCGACAAGAGAAAGUUCGAUUCUUUGAGGAGGAGGCAAGUGAAGGAAGAGACUGAGGCCUGGGAGAGGAUGGUCGAUGAGUACAGAGAGUUGGAGAAGGAGAUGUGCGAGAAGAGUCUCGCUCCCAAUCUACCUUACGUGAAACACAUGUUCCUGGGUUGGUUCCAGCCGUUGAGAGAUGUGAUCGAGAGGGAGCAGAGGCUGCAGAAGAGCAAGAGCAAGAAGGUCAGAGCGGCUUACGCUCCCCACAUUGAGCUUUUGCCUGCUGAUAAAAUGGCUGUUAUUGUGAUGCAUAAGAUGAUGGGUUUGGUUAUGUCUGGACAUGAGGAUGGGUGUAUCCAAGUUGUUCAAGCUGCUGUUAGUAUCGGCAUAGCGAUAGAGCAUGAGGUGGGGAUUCAUAACUUCUUGAAGAGGACUCGGAAGAACAAUGCAGGGGACUCACAAGAGGAGGUGAAGGAUAAGCAGUUGCUUAGGAAACGUGUCAAUAGUUUGAUUCGUAGGAAGAGGAUUAUUGAUGCAUUAAAAGUGGUGAAAAGUGAAGGUAUCAAACCUUGGGGGAGAGCUACACAAGCUAAGCUUGGAAGCCGUCUGCUAGAACUAUUAAUGGAAACUGCUUAUGUGCAACCUCCUCUGACCCAGUCAGGAGACUCUAUACCCGAGGUUCGACCUGCGUUCAGACACAAGUUUAAAACUGUGACCAAGUAUCCAGGGUCAAAGAUGGUGAGGAGAUACGGAGUUAUUGAAUGUGACUCGCUCCUGCUUGCAGGGCUGGAUAAAUCUGCUAAGCAUAUGUUAAUUCCCUAUGUUCCGAUGUUAGUACCACCAAAGAGAUGGAAAGGGUAUGCUUUGAUUCCUUCUUCUUUGGGUCUAGAUUUUAUACCCUUACUUAUGAAUCAUUGCCUGUUAUUUUUCUUCAGAUAUGACAAGGGUGGUUACUUAUUUUUACCUUCCUAUAUCAUGCGUACUCAUGGAUCCAAGAAACAGCAAGAUGCGCUUAAAGAUAUUAGUUCCAAGACUGCUCAUAGAGUAUUUGAGGCGUUGGAUACACUUGGGAACACCAAGUGGAGGGUCAAUAGGAAAAUACUUGAUGUGGUGGAAAAGCUAUGGGCCGAUGGAGGCAACAUUGCAGGCUUAGUUAAUCGAGAAGACGUUCCCAUACCAGAGAAACCUUUGUCUGAGGAUCCAGAAGAAAUCCAAACGUGGAAAUGGAGUGUUAGAAAGGCGAAAAAGAUUAACAGAGAGAGGCAUUCUCUAAGAUGUGAUGUUGAGCUCAAGCUUUCUGUGGCUAGAAAAAUGAAAGACGAGGAAGGAUUCUACUACCCUCACAAUCUUGACUUCAGGGGUCGUGCAUACCCGAUGCAUCCUCAUCUGAAUCAUCUGAGCUCUGAUCUUUGCCGUGGAACCCUGGAGUUUGCUGAAGGACGUCCACUUGGAAAGUCAGGCUUGUAUUGGCUCAAAAUACAUUUAGCGAACCUCUACGCAGGUGGUGUCGAAAAGCUUUCGCACGAUGGGCGUCUUGCUUUUGUGGAAAACCAUUUGGAUGAUAUAAUAGAUUCUGCUGAAAAUGCUGUUCAUGGGAAAAGAUGGUGGUUGAAGGCUGAGGAUCCUUUUCAGUGUUUGGCUGCAUGUGUUAUUCUGGCACAAGCCUUGAAAAGCCCUUCACCUCAUUCUGUAAUCUCCAACUUGCCUAUUCAUCAGGAUGGGUCUUGCAAUGGUCUACAGCAUUAUGCAGCUUUAGGAAGAGAUAGUUUUGAAGCUGCAGCAGUUAAUCUAGUUGCUGGUGAUAAACCAGCUGAUGUCUAUUCUGAAAUUUCAUUGAGGGUCCAUGAAAUAAUGAAGAAGGACAGCAGUAAGGAUCCUGAGUCAAACCCAACCGCCGCAUUGGCAAAGAUUCUUAUCAAUCAAGUGGACAGGAAGCUGGUAAAGCAGACGGUAAUGACGUCAGUAUAUGGUGUUACCUAUGUUGGAGCGCGUGAACAGAUAAAAAGAAGAUUAGAAGAGAAAGGUGUUAUCACUGACGAGAGAAUGUUAUUCGCUGCUGCUUGCUAUUCUGCAAAAGUGACACUAGCAGCCCUUGGAGAGAUAUUUGAAGCGGCACGUGCCAUUAUGAGUUGGCUUGGUGAUUGUGCUAAGAUAAUAGCUUCAGAUAAUCAUCCAGUACGAUGGACCACGCCUCUUGGACUUCCUGUUGUGCAACCUUAUUGCAGAAGUGAAAGACAUCUGAUAAGAACAUCUCUUCAGGUUUUGGCUCUGCAGCGAGAGGGUAACACGGUGGAUGUUAGGAAACAAAGAACAGCGUUUCCUCCAAACUUUGUGCACUCGCUGGACGGCACUCACAUGAUGAUGACUGCUGUUGCAUGUCGAGAGGCUGGCCUAAACUUUGCAGGUGUGCAUGACUCCUACUGGACGCAUGCAUGUGAUGUUGACACAAUGAACAGAAUACUUAGAGAAAAAUUCGUUGAGCUUUACAGCUCACCAAUCCUUGAAGAUUUACUGCAAAGUUUCCAAGAGUCAUACCCGACUCUUGUGUUUCCUCCAGUACCAAAGAGAGGGGACUUCGAUUUAAAGGAAGUACUCAAAUCACAAUACUUUUUCAACUGAGUCCUGCACGUCUGGAAAAGGAUCAAGUUUUUGGCUCAGGGAUCUUUCUUGGUGGCCUGUAAAUAAACAUCCAUCACCUCAGAGGACGACAUGGAAAGAACCAGAAUCAGCACAAAAAGGCUCUUGUUUAAGAGGCUUUUAAGACAAAUUUAGGGGCAAAUCAUUGAAGAAGUUUCUAGCUCUCAGCAGGUAGGUCAUAGGCAGUAUUAAAUAAUGGAUGCAAAGUCAUUGCCUUCAAGCAUGUUAUUUGGGAAUGAGAAUAGGUUUAGUUUAUGUUGUAUGUCAUUGGUACUGUUGUACAGGAGAGACUUCAUAUAGAAACAAGAACUCAAAAAAAAAAAAAAAAUCAGAAGGGCACCUAGUUUCGUAGUAAACUCUGUGUGAUUUUGUAGCCAACUUUUUUGUCAAAAGAUGAGACUUCUUUCUGGGAA